AAUUUACAGCAUAGACCCACUCUUAUUUUUUUUAAAUUAAUUAUUUGCAGUUCACUGACACUUUCCUUGUCCUUAUUAUUGUUGGUUGGUUUCGCAUUCCACCCCUCUUUUAAUUGCUUGUUGCUUCCAAUAAAUUUAAAAAGAAAACCCAGAGAGGGUGGGGGGAGAGAGAGAGACCCAAAUAAAACUCUCUCUCUCUCUCUCUCUCUCUCUCUCUCUCUCUCUUGUAAGUGUUGCAGAGAAGCAAGAAUAAUACCAAAAGCAGAAGCAGCAGCAGCAGCAGCAAUAAGAAGCAACACAUGUACACCCACUCAUCUGUCACACCUCCCUUGCUAGAUCUGUUCAAGGUUGAUUGAUCAGGAUGCUGCUGCAGAAAUAGCAUAUGAUCUCUUGUUUCCAGCAUUAAUUGUUUCCUACAUUCCAUUUGGAGGUCUGACCACUUUGAACCCACAAAAUUCAUGGAUUUCGCCGAAUCCUCCUCCGCCGCCUCGCGGGUCUCCGGCUGCCACAGCUUCUCCAUAAGGGACUAUGUCCGUGAAACUCGAAAGAAUGGUGUCACUCAUAACUGGCCAUUUCCUCAACAAUAUCUUGAAUUUUGUAUGGCUCAUGGAAUUAGUGAAGUUCUUCCCCCUAUCGAACCUCGCGGCUUAGAAACCUCCGCAGCUUACAUAGGACAUGUCAAGUUGCUUUCAUUAGUUUCAGAAAAGAGUACUAGAGCUCCUGAUUCUCCUGAUCACAAGUCUGAAGAUGGCAAAAAGACAGAAAUAGAGCUAGUAAAUAUUCUAAAUAAGGUGCAGCUUUUAUCUCUUUCGGAUGGCGUGAGUGCAAAAGAUGAUUCGUGUCAUAACCAGGAGAAUAAAACUACUGAAGCAGAGGCGGAUAGAGGUCGCUUUGACCUCAGUAUGAUAUCUAAAGUGUCUAGUCCUAAAGAUUUAGAAUCAACUCUGCUUGAAGAGGAGGCUCAUCUACUACUAAAGAUAAAGGAUGCAAGGCCAGAUAAGGAAGCUUUAUCUUCACAGAAGUCCCUCCUGGAAAGUCAUUAUUUAUCGGAAAGUGCUAGGAAUGAUUCGGUUCCAGAUAUCUUGUUUUGCUCUCAAUUGGGUUCGAAUCAUAGUACCUUAACAUCAAAUGCAAACCUUGCUUUGCUCUCAAUUGGGUCAAGACGUAAGCGCAGGAAGCGAAAACAGAAGCACAAGAAAUGCUCUAUGCAGGAUAUUUGCGCACGGGCAAAGCCCUUUACAUUGGAAGAACUCGAAAGAAGAAAUGGAUUGACUCCUAUUGCAGAUUUAAGUACCACUCCUAGUAGAUUUUCAAGUGGGAGAGAAGAUAACAUACUCUUAAAAGAGCAAAGCAUAAGUGUGAUCUAUGGUGGCAAGAGUAAUUUAAAAGAUGCAUCGAUCUUGAGAAAGCACCCAAGGGAUGAGAAUUUGGCUCACGAUCAUUAUGACUCUAAAAGGAGACAACUCAUAUCAAGGAAAUCGCAGGGAAGCAAGAUCAAGCAACAGAAGGGAAAGCUCAUCUCCCUUAUGGCUGGCAAAAGCAAGAAAGUACCUGUGACACAGUGAAUGACUGGAAACUCAGUGAUAGCAUGGUGGAGAUUAUGGCUUUAUAUUCAGAUUUCUUAAAAGUGCUUUUCUUGCGUGCUGCAUAUUAGUAUAUAUAGUUCUGUCAUAGAAAUAUGAUAUUUUGUAAGAAACUAAAGAGAUUGGAGAGUGCUCAUAGUUUCUUCUCUAUUUAUUGUAACUGACAAUGUAAUUAAUUAAUCUGCAAAUUUUGCUCCAUUCUAUAAAAAAUGUCAAAAGAAACUUGUUCCGACUGUUAA